AUGAAAGGAAAAGACUUCGAGAGUUGCCUUGAGCGUCGUGUGACGACAUUAAACGGGUGUUUUGAUCCAUUGAUGAGUGCGUUGCAUGCGUAUGAAGAGAAGAGUCGGACAUGUUUGUCUGGAGAUUUGUUGAUGAAAAGUGGAGAAGACGCAGUGAAUGAGAUGUAUGACGUCUUAGAGAGUGUUGAGAGAUGUGAGUCGUUGUACAGUGCUGUGAUGCGAGAGACGAGUCGAUGUUUUGAAGUGAGUAAAGAUCUGAUGUAUUUGAUCAAAAGUGUUGAAGAGAAGUGUCGGAGUGAUUAUAAAAGUAUUUUAGCAAUGAAGAAGAGUGCCAUAGUGAUGUUAGAAGCGAGUGAGAAACGAUUGAGUUGUGAAGAGAUGCGAGUGAAUGUGAUGCGUCGUGAAGUUCUAAUGACCAAGUUGAGUACAAAUGAAGCGGAAGAAAUUGCACGACACGAUACGACCGGAUCACACGACUUAUGUGACACAACAGAAGACAUAAUACCAGUGAAUACUGUUUGGACGAAGUGA